AUGUGCUCAAGUCCCAGGGAGCUGCCCCCACCAACUUACUAUUACUGGGGUAUCUGCAUAUCUUCUUUCCUUUCUCUGUCUUCAUGUGUCUCUUUCUUCCUUCCUCUAUCUCUUCACACAUCUCUUUCUUCCUUCUCUCUCUCUCUCUCUCUUCACACAUCUUUCUUCCUUCUCUUACUCUUUUCACAUCUUUCUUCCUUCCUUUUGUCACCCAUCUCUUUUCUUUCCUUUCUCCCCAGUUUAAUCUUUCUUCUUUCCUUUCUCCUCUUUCUCUCCUCACACAUCUCCAUAUUCCUUCCUCUCUCUCUUUUCCUUCUUUCUUUAAUCUCCUUUCUUCCUUCCUUUGUCUUUUUAAUUUUUCUUUUUUUUUUUUCCCUUUCUCCUUUCACUUCUCUUUUUGCAUAUCACAUUCUUUCUUCCUUUCUCUAUCCUUCCAUCACUUCUCUCUUUUUUCCUCUCUCUUUUCACAUCUCUUUUUAUCUUUCCGUCACUCCUCUCCUUUUUCACAUCUCUUUUUUCCUUUCUCUUUCUAUCCUUCCAUUUAUCCUUUCUUUUUUCCUCUCACUCUUCACAUCUCUUUCUUUCUUCCUCUUUCUAUCUUUACAUCUCUCCUCUCUCAUUUUUCCUCUUUUCCUCUCUCAGUUCACAUUUCUUUCUUCCUUCCUUUUUCUAUCCUUCCAUUUAUCCUUUCUUUUUUCCUCUCUCUCUUCACAUCUCUUUCUUUCUUCCUCUUUCUAUCUUUCCAUCUCUCUUCUCUCAUUUUUCCUCUUUUCCUCUCUCAGUUCACAUUUCUUUCUUCCUUCCUUUUUCUAUCCUUCCAUUUAUCCUUUCUUUUUUCCUCUCUCUUUUCACAUCUCUUUCUUUUCUUUCCUCUUUCUAUCUUUCCAUCUCAUUUUCUUUCUCAUUUUUCCUCUUUUCCUCUCUCAGUUCACAUUUCUUUCUUCCUUCCUUUUUCUAUCCUUCCAUUUAUCCUUUCUUUUUUCCUCUCUCUUUUCACAUCUCUUUCUUUCUUCCUCUUUCUAUCUUUACAUCUCUCCUCUCUCAUUUUUCCUAUUUUCCUCUCUCAGUUCACAUCUCUUUCUUCCUUCCUUUUUCUAUCCUUCCAUUUAUCCUUUCUUUUUUCCUCUCUCUUUUAACAUCUCUUUUUUUCCUUCCGCUUUCUCUUUUCACAUCUCUUUAUUACUUCCUCUCUCUCUCUCUCUUUUCAUACAUCUCUUCUUUAUUUGCUCUUUCACACAUUUCUUUCUUUCUUCCUUUAUUCAUAUCAUUCCUUUCUUUAUUCCCUCCCCUUUCUCUUUCUCUCUUUUCCUCUUUCAGCAAUCUACUUCAUUGAAUUUGAAGCAUCCAUCUUUAUACUUCUUUGUCUUGGACAUCUUGACUUCUUUUUAUUUUUAA